AGGCCGGUUUGUAGGGUAACCCUUUUGCACUACUGCCACUUUAUUUUUGAGGUUCGAUAUAAAGGAACAGAGUGGUUAAACUUAAAAGUGAGAAAAAUAAAGAGAACCCUUCUUCUCCUCUCUCCCAAGCUUCUUCUGAUCAAAGCAAUAAUAUAUAUAUAUAGUAGUAGUAUUAGCAUUUUGGUGAAUGUGUAAGGAUUUCAUCAGAGUCUUCUGGUUAUUUACCAAGUCAUCAUGAAGAGGUUCAGUAGCUCAGAAUCUUUGGGUGCUUUAGUCUCCAUUUCUCAACCAAAAGAGACUAAUAAUAAUCAAGGUUAUAGUAAGGAGUUUCAAGCCAUGUUAGACAGUUUAGACCAAGAAGACUGUGGUGAAGAGUACACAGGAAAGAAGAGAAGACUGAGUUCAGAUCAAGUUAAGGCAUUGGAAAGAUACUUUGAAAUGGAAAACAAGCUUGAGCCAGAGAGAAAAGCUAAGUUGGCUGAUGAGUUAGGCCUGCAACCGAGACAAGUAGCCAUCUGGUUCCAAAACCGCCGAGCUCGUUGGAAGACUAAGCAAUUGGAGAAAGAUUAUAAUCUUCUCAAGUCUAAUUAUGACUCUUUGAAGUUUUCAUAUGAAGCUCUUCAGAAACAAAAUGAGACUCUAACAAAAAAGAUUAGACAGUUGAAUACAAAAAUGUCUAGACAGAGUGAAGAGAGCAGUCAAUCUGUUAAAGAAGAUCAUCAGUCACCAAUUUCUGGACAUGAAAGCAAUGGUUUGGAUCAUAGUAAAACCAGCUGUGAUUUUCAGGAAAAUAAUAAUAAUAAUAAUAGUAAUAAUAAUAAGGGAGCAGAACAACUACUACUACUUCAUCAUCAUCAUCAUCAUCAUCAUCACGAGACUUUUGGAAAUUACUAUGCCAAGUCCUCCAAAGAUGGGUACUCUGACAGUGAUUCCAUUAAUGGGGUUACGAAAGAAGAUCACAACAAGCCUGAAUAUUCACUUGGGCCAAAUGGGUCCUCCUCUUCUUGCUCAAAUACUAUUCAGAAUUGGAUUCAAAUAUCUGAUCAUAAUAAUUAUGCUAGAGCAUUCCCAGUCAAAAUAUGUCAACCUCAGUUCAUGAGGAUGGAAGAUCAGACUUUGUUUAGCUCAGAAGACUCCUGUAAUUUCCUUUCUGUCGAUCAAGCUCCAACCCUCCACUGGUACUUUCCUGACCAGUAAAAAAAAUUAUAAACAAAUAAAUAAAUAAAAUUUUGUUAGAACUAUAAGAUGAGCUUCGAUGGUGCUGUAGUUAUUUGCAAGUGGCAAAAGGUCCAUAUCUUCUUGAUGAUGUUAAUGUAUUAAUUAGUUAUAUAAGAUGUUCUUUAUUUGGUGA